AUCUUUGUAAUCCACCUCUCUUUCCUGAGAAUUGAACUUUGUGUAAUUUUUUAGUAAAAUAAUUUACACGCUUCCGACCCUAUUGGAACAACAGUCAAUUCCUUCUUCACUUGGAAACCUCACAAAAAUCACCUAUCUUGGUUUUUAUUCAAACAAAUUAGAGGGAGAAAUUCCAGAUGUCUUUGGAAACCUUAACAAACUUACUACUUUGGAUUUCUCUGGUUGUAAUUUUAGUGGUCAACUUGCCCCAUCGAUGUUCAGCCUCACACAACUUACUGAUUUAGCCUUAGCAUCCAAUAGGCUAGAAGGUCUCCUUCCAACUCAUGUAACAGGAUUUCAAAAUUUGAAAGUCUUCGAUUUAAGUCAUAACUUAUUAACAGGAGAAGUUCCAUCUUGGCUUUUUACUUUGCCAUCUUUAGAAUACUUAUACCUCAGUAAUAACAGUCUCACAGGUCCAAUCAGUCAAAUUCAAAAGCCUAAUUCAAUUCAAGUGGAUGAUUUGGCGGAUAAUGACAUCCAUGGUGAAAUACCAAGUUCUUUCUUUGGUCUUUCAAAGCUUACCUACCUUGAUCUUUCAUCAAACAACUUGAGUGGAAUCAUUAGGUCAGAUAUGCUUUCAAAGCUACAGAGUCUUGAAACGCUCGAUCUUUCGACAAAUAAUUUUAGUGGUGUUAUCAACUUAGAUGUGCCAUCAAAGUUGAAGAAUCUCACUGAAGUUAAUCUUUCCAAUAACAAGUUAAGGCAAUUCCCGAGUUUCUUGCGAUCUACGAUGAGCUUGAGAAGUCUUGAUCUUUCCAAUAACAAAAUUCAGGGUUCAAUUUUCAAAUGGGAAUCAGAAGGUUGGGAAUAAUUGAUUGAUUUAAAUCUUUGCAACAAUUCAUUGACGAGUUUAGAGCAAUUUCCAGGGAAGAAUAUUCUUUUCCUUGAUCUUCGUUCCAUCCUAUACUCCAAGGUCCUCUUCUAUCUCCGCCACCUUCAUUGCAAAAAUUCCUGAUUUCAGAUAACAAAUUGACAGGAGAAAUACCACCUUCAAUUUGUAAUUUGACUUCACUUGAUAUGCUUGAUUUGUCUAAGAAUUACUUUGGUGGAAUUAUUCCAUCAUGUCUUGGAAAUUUUAGUCGGGGGAUCAGUAUCAUAAACCUACAAAAGAAUAGCUUGAAUGGCAAAAUCCCUGAUUUUUGUGUUGAAUUAAGUAGUUUGACAACUCUUGCUCUUAAUGACAACAAAUUAGAAGGGUUAUUGCCACGGUCCCUUGUUAAUUGUACCUUGCUACGUUUCUUGAACCUAGUAAACAACACCUUGAACGAUCUCUUUCCCCAUCGGCUCAGUGUACUUCCAGAACUGCAAGUUCUUAUCUUACGGUCUAAUAGAUUUUAUGGUCGCCUAGACUAUUCCAUGGCUACCUCUAGCUUUUUAAGCUUGCAAAUUCUUGAUCUCUCUAAAAAUGAGUUCACUGGCCCCUUUCCGAAUAAAUUCUUCCAAAGUUUUAGACGUAUGAAAUUAGUUGCAGCUUCACAACCACAUCAAAAGAGAGGUUGUGAUGAUGCUGAUGCUAAUUAUCGUGAAGGUGGUUAUGAAGGAUUCCAUAACUACAAAAAAAUUAUGAAGGUAACCAUGAAAAGGUUGGAGAUAGAGCUAGAUCUGGACAAAUCUUUAACUGAUUUCACACUCAUAGAUUUUUCAAACAAUCAAUUCAAUGGACGAAUCCCUGAGGCACUUGGUGAACUUAAUGCUCUUUUAGUGCUCAACCUCUCACACAACAGCUUAAACGAUACCCUACCACCGUCAUUGGCAAAUAUGGCAGCACUUGAAUCAUUAGAUCUAUCAUCUAACAAGCUUGGUGGUAGAAUUCCUUCCAAGUUUACGAAACUGACAUUUCUGGAAGUGUUAAACUUGUCGAAAAACAAUUUUUUCGGACCAAUUCCGGUUGGAUCUCAAUUCAAUACUUUUGAUAUUGAUUCCUAUGCUGGAAACUCGGAUUUGUGCGGCUUCCCACUAUUAAAGAAAUGUGGUAGUGAGGAGGAACGAAAGCCACAAACACCAAAGCUUGUGGAAGAUGAAGAUUCUGCAAUACCCUUUAUUUGGAAACUUGUAAUGAUGGGGUAUGGCUGCGGAGUAUGUUGGGAUUGAGUAUGGGGUACAUAGUAUUCGCAACUGGAAGACCAUGGUGGUUGGUUAGAACGGUUGAGAGAGACUGGCAGAGGAAUUUUACAAGAUGGGUUCGCAGGAUUGGAAGAAAAAGAAACUAGCACUUCAUCCAAAUUGCAUAGUUGAACCUGAGCUGAAUUGGAGGGAAAAUGCACAACUCCUGCUUCUGUAAGAUUUGGUUCGAAGCCUAUGUUCUUACCUUUUGGGUUCAAUUUCAACGCAGUAGUUUAAAGAUAUGAUUAAGGUGAUGAUAGAGGAUAGCUUGCUCUUUCUUGGCUUAUUAUUCAACUUUAAUACAAUGGGUGUUUGUAUUUGUAAGAAUAUGUACUGUUCUAAGUCCUUUUUUCAGGUGUGUUUUAUGUUUGAUGUGUUUGAGUAAAACUUUUCUCGAAGAUUCAAAGAAAACUUAGUAGUUUUAGUCAUCUUUGUUUGAAUUGUUUAUAAUUUGCCAAUUCUUGCUUUGUUUCCGUUGUAGGAUUGUUAAGAUUUAUUUUUGGAUAUUAAUCAGAUUUAUUUGCUGUUUUUAUUUUUUUAUAUUAGACAAUGGUUAAAUUUUGAUUUUGAUA